UGUUUGUCUCCAGGAGUCUAGCCGGUGCUGAGCAGAGGCCUUCCAGUUCCGUGUUUGUCCCUCGUGGUUUCAAAGAGCUAGAAGCAGGAGUCCAGGAAAAGAGCUGCGGCGUGUGGCCCAGUGCGAGCGCCUCGCCCCAUCUUUCUGGACUUCCCCAGACCCGCUUCUCCAGGAUGCAGCCAGAGGUGGAGCCUUUAAUCUCCCCCAACCUGAGCACCCCUGGCUCACACAGGGAGACAGGAUCCUUCCUUGUUGACCUCGAGUCUAUGGAGGAGUCCAUGUCUCGGAGCCUGGGCAAGCCUGCCAAGUCCUCGAAGCAGUACCUGCGGCAGGUCAUCUCGGAAUAUGAGGCGCUGGAUCGGGAGCUCCCCUGUAUCCGAAAGUUCUCAGAACCACCCUCUGCCCAGCCCCUCUGUCUUUGCAUGGAGACUUCGGAGGAUUUCACGCACGUGGAGGUGCUGCAGGCUUUGGAAGCCGAGCUGCCCGGGGCCAUGGAAAGCGGGCGCGUGAGCAGCAUCCGCUACGAGAAUAUGAAUGUCAUCUGCGGUACUGCGGGCCGCAGGGACAGGUGGCUCAUCACCGUCACAGACUUCCAGACGCGGUCACGCCUGCUGCGCUCGGGGCUCACCCUCCGUGGAACCGCGCACCCACUGGUGCGCCACGACGAACUACUGCUGGGGGACUACCGUUUGCACCUGCGUCGCUCCCUGGUCCGACGGCGCAUGCUCGAAGCCCUUGGGGCGGAGCCUGCCGACGAAGAUUGACGCACAGCGGGGCGGGCCCCAGCUGCACCCGGCUCCCGGACCCGGCGAAACGAGAAGGCGUGGCCUCCCUAGGAAGGAGGCGGGGCCGGCUCGAGGGGGUGGAUACUGUGAGUUUAAUUAUAAAGAAUGACCUGAUACAAAA